UUUCUGUAUAGGUAGAUUCUUUGCAAGCAGAAAUAAAAGAGAAGAUAGAUGAUUACAACAAGCUGUUAUUAGAAAAGGAGCAAAACCACCAAGAAAUUACAGCUCGUGAUAAAGAGAUAGAAAAACUGGUGGCACAGAUACGAGAACUGGAGCACAGCGGUACUGAAGUCUCAAAGACUGUACACUACUUGGAACAACAACUGCAAAAAAUGAAGAAAGUGGAAACCGAACUAAAACAAGAUAAAGAGGCAUUGCAACAGCAACAGUACAAUAACCUGAUUCAGAUCUCCGCCCUACAGUCUAAAUUGGAUGAAGCGAGGCACAGAGUACCGGCAGACAGCAGUUCUGCCCCAGUUCUGAAGGAGCAGUUACAAGCAGAGCAGGAGGCGCUUCAGAUGAAAGAGAGAGAGAUUGCAAGCUUGUUAGACCAACUAGAACAAUAUAAAGAUAACUUGAGCAGUAAAAAUGAGGAGAUAUUGCAGCUGAACUUGCAGUUAGAGGUGCAAAAAAAACUUAGCACUUCCAGCAUCAGCCAGUUGCAGUUAGAGAACGCACACUUGAAGGAUCUAACAAAACUUCAUGUGAAGCAAAAUCAGAACCUGGGUAUUAGUGAUUCCUCAGCUUUGCCAUUCCCACAAGCACUACUUAAAGAAAAGAAUCAAGAAAUCGAUCACUUGAAUGAACAGAUGAAGAGGCUUCAGCACGAGCUAGAGAAUACUUUGGAGAAUAAAGUUGUGGAAGACCAAAAAUCUGAAAUUGAGGAACUAAGAUCACUUGUUGAGCACCUUCGCGGCGACCAGGAAAGGCUGCGUAAGGACAAAGAUGAAGAGGUAGAGCAACUCCAUGGAGUAAUUGAGAAGCUUCAAAAAGAGCUGGCAGAAUUUGGACCGGUAUGUCAUGAAGUUAGUGACAACCAAGAUGAUCUCUAUCAACUUGCAUUGGGAAAGCCAGUGGAAAACCUUCAGAAUGAGUUGAAGGGACUGGUAGAUUGUCAGAGUGAUACUGAUCCAAACAGAAGAAACGCAUUGCUACUCUCCAAAGUGAGAGAACUUCAGGAGGAACUAGAGCUUGUCUCAACUGCUAGAGAAGGUCUGCAGCAGCAACUGGAAGAGAAGGAAUCGCAGUUCAAAAUGGAAGUGGAAAUUUUGGAGAAAAAAUGCCAAAAAUUACGAGAGUCAUCAGAGCAGCACAUUGCAGAGCUGACCUCUCUGAGAAAACAGUAUGAUGCGCUUCAGGAAGAGUACAGCCUUUUCCGAACACAUUUUUCUCAGAGAGAGGUUGAAGCAAGGAUGACUACUUCUUGCAUUCAAGAACUUGAAGAUACUGUGAGAGAAAGGGAAGCACAUAUUCUAGAGAAAGAUCUGCAAAUGAAGGCAAUGGCAAAUCAAAGAGAAGCUGAUACAAGCAAGUUGCAGUACUUAACAAAAAAGGCAGUAGAGCUUCAAACCCUGUUGGAAAAGAAAGAUGCGGGUCAGGCUCACGAUGUUUGUAGUCUUCAGUUAGAAGUUUCUAGACUUGAUUUCCAGGUGCAAGCACUGAAUCAGAAAGAAGUAGCUUAUCAGAGAGAAAUCAAUGAACUGCAAGGCAGCACUGCAAAACUGAAAGAUCAAAUUGAGGCAUAUGUGGAAGAGCUUGAAGCCUUACGACUGGCAAGAGGUGAACUUACUUCGCAGUUGGAGUCGUACAAGCCAAAGGAGCAACGUGAUCAUGAAGAGACUAACCUUCUCAAGCCGUUCUGCUGGAAAGAAAAAAAAGGCAAAACCCUUAAAAAAGGAAUGGAGGAAUUGAAAGAACUGGAAGCAAAUGUUGAUCAGUCAUUUUCAGUACUGGCUUCCCCUACUGAUAAACUGGGAGAGUUAAAGGCUACAAACACUUCACAGAAUGAAAAGAAUUUAAUUGUGAAGGUGGCAUCUCAUAAAGAAGAACUUAAUUCUGAAUUAGGUUCAGCAAAAAAGGAGUUAGGAUUCAGUGAAGAGAGAACUGGUAAAAUUUUGAAGGAUAUAAAGGAAAAAGAUGAAGUUACGUUUAACUUGACGACUCGCAACAUAAAUCCAAAAACUCAGAUUAAGCAAUCACAGGAAGAUAUCUUGGCUCAGGAAUUGGCUGUGAUCAACAGCUCAGAAGAGGAGCAAAAUUUGAAAAAGAUUUGCCAGCAAAUGUUGGAAAUUCAUCAGACUCCUGAUUCCCCAGAACACAAUUUGAACAUAGGCAAAGACACUUCGAAAGACUUCCAGAAUUUCAUUGCAGGUAUGGCUUCAUGGGGCUCGCCUGAGAUUGUGAGAAAGCAAGAUACAAGGGAACUUCAACCAGUGCUUCAUCUGACACCCUUUUCGGAAGUUGAAAGCACAGAUUUUGAAAUUAUGCAGACCAGGUCAUCCAUGCAAGAAGAUCAUUCUGUAUUCCUGGGAUAUUCAAACCUGUAUGAAAAUGGCAGUGAGGAAGCAGCAGUGGGAGUAGAUAGAAAAUCUCCAGCUUUCUCUGAAAGUACCUACUCUGUUGAUGAUGACCAAGAUACGGAGAAGAUUUCGAUGAGAGAAGCUGAUAAUCUAACUUUAACCUCUUCUGAUUUACAAGAUGAUGUAAGAUCAAGAGCAUCUGUCAUAGAUGCAAUGAGCGAUGGAUAUGGCAGCACAGAAGAAAUCAUGGUUAUUUUGCAAGCAGUUAUGCUGGUGUCAAGUUCUUUUCAUCUUUAUAACACUUGUGGGGGCGGGGGGCUGUCUCUUUCUUCAGAUACCAGCUCAAAUUUGGCAGCUAAACUAAAGCAGGAGUUACAAAUGUCAGACCACAUAGAUCCUAGUUUCACGGCUUAUCUGCAGUACCGUGGAACGUUUCCAGAUGUUAUGGAAUCAAUGAGAGAAAAGGAGAUACUCUCACCGCAGCUCAAG